AUGAAAGACGAAGGAGUCGACCUAAACAACAUCACGAUCAUCACCAAGAAGGAGAAGACCAGCAAUGACGCGGUUGCACCCAAGGUAAAUUCAUCUCGACCAUAUAAACCGAUUUUGCCUGUUAGGUCGUCGUCCUCCGACGAAAUACAGACUGCUCCUACACAAGAUGACAGGGACGUUGUUGCGGUUGAACCCAGCACAUCGAACGCCAGUACCUCGAAUGGCGACGCUGCAGCUGCAGCAGCGUCGUCAGCAGCCAUGAUUGCAUCGAAACAGGCUAUAGCAGCUUUGAAUGGAAUGGGUAUAAACAUGACGUCUACUCAGAUGGCAGAGUCUUUGUUUUUUUUUCUUGAAUUUUUCCAGUAA